CGGGGCCCCGCCCUGUCUCCGUGUGGCUGGCAGGGUUCGGAGCCUGCGGGCGGCGCUGGCUGGGCCAGCCAGGCAGCGCGGAAUGCUGCACUCUUGAGGAAAAAGGCAGUGGUCCAAGUAUUUUCUGCGGUUUUAGGCGGCUACGGAUAACCUUCCCUCCAGUCCCUCAAAAACUAGAUUUGAAAUUCAGGAUUUACAAAAGGUGCAAGUUUGGGCAGUUCUGAAGACUACAAUUUUGUGAACUUAUAAAACAGAAGAUCUGUUUGAAAUGUGGUGGUUUCAGCAAGGCCUCAGUUUUCUUCCCUCAGCACUUGUAAUUUGGACAUCUGCUGCUUUCAUAUUUUCAUACAUUACUGCGGUAACACUCCACCAUGUCGACCCUGCUUUGCCUUACAUCAGUGACACUGGUACUGUAGCUCCAGAAAAAUGCUUGUUUGGGGCAAUGUUAAAUAUUGCUGCAGUUUUAUGCAUUGCCACCAUUUAUGUUCGUUAUAAGCAAGUUCAUGCCCUGAGUCCUGAAGAGAACCUUAUCAUCAAAUUAAACAAGGCUGGCCUUGUACUUGGAAUACUGAGUUGUUUAGGACUUUCUCUUGUGGCAAAUUUCCAGAAAACAACACUUUUUUUUGCACAUGUAAGUGGAGCUGUGCUCACCUUUGGUAUGGGCUCAUUAUAUAUGUUUGUUCAGACCAUCCUUUCCUACCAAAUGCAGCCCAAAAUUCAUGGCAAACAAGUCUUCUGGAUCAGACUACUGUUGGUUAUCUGGUGUGGAGUAAGUGCAUUUAGCAUGCUGACUUGCUCAUCAAUUUUAUACAGUGGGGAUUUUGGCACUGAUUUAGUACAGAAACUCCACUGGAACCCUGAGGACAAAGGAUAUGUGCUUCAUAUGGUUACUACUGCAGCAGAAUGGUCUAUGUCAUUUUCCUUCUUUGGUUUUUUUCUGACUUACAUUCGUGAUUUUCAGAAAAUUUCUUUACGGGUGGAAACCAAUUUACAUGGAUUAACCCUCUAUGAUACUGCUCCUUGCCCUGUUAUUGAUGAACGAACACGACUACUUUCCAGAGAUUUUUAAUGAAAGUAUAAAAUAUUUCUGUACUGAUUAUGAUUCUCAGGGAUGGAGAAAAGGUUCAGAAAAGUAACUUACUACCCUCUGAAAUUUUCAACCAAUUAAUCAAGACUGACAGUGACAUUGAUGAAUCCUGAUAAUCAGGAGACAUGAAAUAAGCCAUUUGAUAAAUCAUUUUAAGGAUAUAAUCAAGAGGACUAUUUAAAAACAUUUAUACCUAUACUUUUUUAUCCCAGGAAAUAAAAUCAAAGGACAAUAGCAUUGUAGUUUUUUCUACUUUAUUUACGAGAAAUAUCCUGAAGUGCACCAGUCUAUACAACCCAGCCUUUCACAUUUGUAAGUCACUAUAAAAAUAUGUUUUGAUAGCACUUUUAUGAGAGACAUUUUCCAUGUUUCCAAAAUAAUAAGUAUUCGUUAAUAAAUCAUUUAGAAUUGGGCUUUAAAGUUUGGAGUUUUGCCACAUUAAUACAUUUAUUAUAGUGUUUAAAAUGUUGAAAAAAUAUUUAUUUUGGAAUCCACCUAUAAAUGGAAGCAGACCUGAUGUUUUUUUAAUGGCUUAAACUUUGCACAAGAGAUUGUGUAGGAAUUGAUUUGAGUUUGUCCACAAGGCCAGAUACUAUGCUGAUUUAUCACACAUGCUUGCAAUAGUUUUAUGAAGCCUAGUCUCUGAUAUGAGAUUUUUAAUAACCAGUGAUUGAGAGAGGUAACUAGAAAAUUUACUUCUGUCAUGUUUUACAUAAAACAAGAGUUAGUAUUUAUAAACAAGGCUAGGCAGUUUGUAAUAGCAGAUAUCAUUACUAUCAAACAAAAGUCACCCCAGAUUAUAAUUACUAGUAAAAGUAGUCAUGACAGGUAAAUAUUGACCUGGUUAAUGGAAUGUGACCAUUUUAGAAUUUACACUAAGAACAAACUAAGAAAUCAAAAGGCAAAAACUUAGGUACAAAAUAAUAGUGAUUUGCAUCUAUUAAAACAAUUUUCUCUUUUGUCAUGCAAGUGAUUAUAUAGUUUCUAUUUGAAUUUCUUAUUUGGGCAGGUAAAGAAUGCUUUACAGAUCCCUGGUGAGAUUAAAGGGGAAAAAAUGUUCUGGUGUUCCUAGUGGCAAACUGGUUUGCAAAAGAAUCUUUUGAAGAAGAUUAACAAGAUUUAUUAUAUUUUUAGAAGAGACGCUUCCAAUGCCAGAAGAAGAAAUGGUGAAAUGGUUUAAAAUGUUAAGAAAGUGCAGUCUAAGGGAAAGUGCUUAUGUGAUGGAACUAGAGACCAUGAUUCUAAAUAAGUCGCUAAAGAAAUCAGUAAAUAAUAUUUCUAAAAACAUUUGUGGACUAAUAAUGAGGAAAAUGGGAGAAAAUAUUAUUUAUCUAUUAUCAAGCAAUGUGAACAUGGGAAGAAUUUCAACAAAUGUUGAUUGAUUAAGUGUUUUCAUUACUAGAAAAAUUGGAUACAAAUCACAAAAAGGUAUCAUGUCUUUGAAAAUCAUGGUGCCACCAUACCUGGGAAGUAUCAUCCAGUCUAGAUUGCUACAAUUCAAGCAAACUCUUAAUUCUAAUUAUGAAGAAUCCACAUUAUGAUGAGAAGAAAUUGAUGGAAUCAGAGCUCACAAAACUGUAAAUUCUGUGUGGGAAAGGUGGCUCAGGAACUAACAUGGACUUGUUUGUCCAUUCUGGAAUGUCAGGAUUAGAGAUACAAACCACACAUUAGCAAAAUGGUUUUAAGACAAAUAGUACUUGGAUAGAAUUUAAAUUCAAUUAGUUAACUUUUACCCUUAGAAGUAACAUGGGCUGAAAAUAUUAAUAGAUUUUAAAAAGUCAAGAUAUUUGAAAUGUAUAUUCACCCCUAAGUUUAAGGCUGAAGUCAAGGAAGACAACCAUGCUCUCCUUCAAUUAUACUUUUCCUCUACUGUCAAGUGCAAUAGCUUGGAAGAACAGGUAAGACAUUUCUGUUUAAUUCAAUCAACAUUAUUUUUUGUUGAAUGUUUGAGCUUUCAGAGUAAGAUGUUUUAAGGUAACAAUUUGCAGAUACUGCAAACUAAUAGUGAAAAAUAUAUUUCCUUUUUGUCUUGGGUACACAAGAAGACACUGUUUUCUAGCAUCCCUUGCAACUAAUUAUAGGCAUGAGAGUGUAUUUUAGAAAGUGGAGUGGAUAUGUUUACUAUUUUUGUGUUCAGGUUUUGAGAAACAGGAGAUGUUCCCACCCAGUUUUUCUCUUUGUAUGUUGAAUAUUGAUGUCGGCAAGAUUGUAAGAUAUGGAAGAAUCACAAGGUAGAAGGAGCCAAAAAUAGUUCACUUUUGGUCAGAUUUCAGAAAAUCAACUUGAUAUAUAAUUUAGAAACUUCAUUUCCAUCCAAAUUACUAAGAUUAUAUUGUAUAUUGCUGAAAUGUGUUAUAUUUUGUGGGUGCUAUUGCUGGAAUGAUGUCACGUAUUGUGGGUGCUCAAUAAAUGUGUGAAAGAGAAA